GAGAAUCUUUACAAGCGCGCGGCAGAUAACUGUGCAGGUCUGCAGGAGCGCGCAUACAUCUGACGCGUUGAACUUUAAGUAGAUUAUUUUAACAAAAUACAUACCGAAACCUCGUUUAGCAUAUUCAGUGGUUUCAUCUUCGAUUACUUUCUCACUUAGUCGUUAAUAUACAAAAUAGUGACACUCAUUCCGUCUACUUGUUGAGAGCUUCAUCACUUCUGGCGCUAAUCCGCUAACUCGCUCCAUGUGCUAAACGGUUUUCCACUUACAAACAACUAACUUACAACUGCAGCGAGGCAAAACAUUUGUAACUAUUUCGACUUCAGUUUAGAUACUUCAUUUAAAUGGCUGACCUGUUUACUGAGGUUGAUAGUUUAAGAGAGACGCUGCGCGAGAGUCUGGAAAUGGCAGACAAACGCCAGGAGGACAUCAGCAGACAGGAUGUUUUGACGCGCAUUGAAAAUGUCAUUCAAACGAUAGUCAUCACUGUGUCUAAAGAUGAAGCACCUGUGUUGAGAGUGACGAAAAGAUCCAGCUGGGCCAAUGUCAGAUUUCAGAAGUCUGUUGGUUUGGUGCUGAAGGCAGAUGCCUCUGUAACGGCUCUCCGAUGUGACUGCCCUUCGUCAGCCACCAAAUUUGCUCUGAUUUUGAAGCUCUUGUCUGUUAUUUACAAACUUGUACAAAGUGACUCCUAUGCUACUAAAAGGGACAUAUACUAUAAUGAUCCACAGCUGUUUGGGACACAGAGGACCUUGGAUUCCAUCGUGGAUGACGUUUCGUGCUUGCUCAAGGUUCCUCGUAGGAGUCUGCAUGUUGUUAACCUUUACAUAUGCACGCAGCUUGCAACAUCCAAAGGCUUUAUCUCAGGUGAUCUGUGUUAUUUGGAGGAAGAUGGCACAAAGGUGGACUGCAAUUCCAGCUCCACAGCUGUCCCUGUGUCUUCCAAUGUUAAUGGAAUCAGAAACAUUGUAUCAUCUGCAAAAUUUGUUCUGAUAGUGGAGAAAGAUGCAACUUUCCAAAGACUACUGGAUGAUGAUUUUUGUACCAGACUUUCUCCCUGCAUCAUCAUAACUGGUAAAGGUAUGCCUGAUGUCAACAGCAGACUGAUGGUGAGGAAACUGUGGGACGCACUACACAUCCCAGUUUUUGCUCUGGUGGAUGCAGAUCCUCAUGGCAUCGAGAUCAUGUGCGUCUACAAGUAUGGCUCACUGUCAAUGGCCUUCGAGGCCCACAGUCUGACUGUCCCCAGUGUGCUGUGGUUGGGCCUCCUGCCUUCAGACAUCCAGAGGUACAGAGUGCCAAAGGAAACUAUUAUUCCAUUUUCUCAAGCAGAUGAGAAAAAAAUCAACAGCUUGAGGAACAGAACCUACAUCACAUGUCAACCUGCAUGGGAGAGAGAGAAAUGAUGCAGAGACUGAAGCAGAAAGCUGAGAUCCAGUCCCUGGCAUCUAUUGCCCCUCAUUUCCUCACUCGAGUCUACCUGCCAAAUAAACUGCGCUAUGGAGGCUGGAUAUGAGCAUCUGCUGCCCUCUACUGCAAUAUAAAUAUGCCGCACAUGUGGCGUGUUCCGCAUGAAGUACAUGAUUGAAGACUGUGCGGAUGUUACAGCAUGUUCUUACUGAAUGUUAGAAGAACAGUUAUGUUGGAUUACCGUCACUGUUGACUAUGAGUUAUGAUCUUGAAUAUGUUGUAAAUCAUUUCAGCUGUUAUGUUGAAGCUGUUCUGGACUGUCACAUGUUUGCUUUGGUUGUGAAUAUAAUGGAAUAAAUAAGCGAAACAAACCAUUCCCUUUCUUCACAAACCUUUUUUCUUUUUCUUUCCACAACAGUAAGUGCAGAUCUCUGAACAAUUAGUGUCGUUCACAUCAUAUUUGAAUUUCUUGUUGAUUUAAGCAAAUUGGAUUUGUUUUGGCACAUUUUGGCAAAAGUAAGUAUAAUUGUCUACAGUUUGUACAAAAACUGAUGAGUUGAUUCUCAGUGAAAUUGUCAACUCUUCACAAAAUGGUUCAUUCAAUUAUUAAAGUCAUGUUUUUGUCACAGAAAAUGCCCUGUGUUACAAGGUUCUGACCAGCAGAUGUCAGUAUGUCCUAGACAGGAUCCUUCUGACUGAUGUGCAUACGACUGGCAUCGAGGUGAUAUACAGUGCUCAGCGUAAAUGAGUACACCCCCUUUGAAAAGUAACAUUUUAAACAAUAUCUCAAUAAACACAAAAACAAUUUCCAAAAUGUUGACAAGACUAAGUUUUAUA